CCCUUUGGUGGUGAAGGCAGAUGCAGGCGGGGGACCAGGGACUAGCGUGAGAGCAAGACAUGUCCGGGUCGGCCGUGGGGGGCGUGGACGGUGGAAAGAGAGAGAGAGAGAGAGAUAGGACUCCUCCCCUCGUCUCUCUUCUCACGUCUCAAGCGCGUUCAUUCGGCGCUAGACCGACAAUUUGUCGUGUCUCAUAGCUAACAGAAAGAGAAAAAAAGGGCUCGGGUGAAACCCACGCGGGUUGACGUAAAAAAGACUCAGCGAGUUCUAGGCUGGAUAGAAUGCCGGGACCGGGCCCGGGUUUCCACGCUAUUGUGGCCGGCGGGGGUUUCUCGAGGGUCCCUUUCAUGCAGCUCUCUGAUUUGCUGGCGAGUUGUCAAUUAUUCACUACCAUCACAAAGAGACAAGAGGUGUUUGCGCUGCCGCGCGAGCGGUGCGAUCCCGGAGGCGGCGAGCCGAGCUGCGCUGCCGCCCAGGUUGUAACCAGGUAUUGCUGGGGCGGAAACCAGGAGUCCGCAAUGGAAUUGCAGGGGCUCGCUCAGGGAUGGCCCGGACGCUCCAUUGUUCGGGAGAGGGAACAAGACAUGCCUGAAGCCCUUGGAAUGCGCUCCAUGAAGCCCAUCGACAAGCCCGACGCGCGUGUCCCAAACAGGCCAGAACCUGGGGGACGUCAUCCAACAAUUGCAGCCCAUGCCGCAAGAUCCCCCCACCGCUGGCACAUGCUUUCGCAUGCACGGAUUCUGUUCUGUGUCUCGCCCUUCUUUCUUGUCUGUCACUGGGAAAAAUAAAGGGUACCCCGUCAAAUGUUGCUGUCAUUGGAAAUGUCCUUGCAUGUUGUGGCGUGCCACUUGGACAAGAGCCGAACUGUAGUCCUAUCAUUCGUCU